AUGUUUUUGAGAGGGCGAACUUUAUUACUUACCCUUAUUGUUAUUCAACUAUGCUUGCAAUAUUCAGUUCUUUACGAAGCUGUCAGGUCGCUGAAUGGUCCUGCUUCUUUUACAAUUUUUGAUAGUGACUACCCGUACUUGUUUGAUAUAUUACUCGUAGUUCUACUUGUACCGUCAAUGCUGUUUAAUAUCAUACUAUUUGUAUAUGGACUGAAAAAGCACACGAAGAGAAAGAAACGGUUUGUGGUAAUGGUGUUUGCCUUUAACUGGAUCUUCGCAAUUCCAUUCUUUAUAUCAGGAAUAUAUCUUUAUUUGUCGGCGAUUACUCCAUAUGCAUCUAAGUUGGGCCGUGAAGUGAAUGAUGCAUUUGUAGUUGUUCUCACUGGUGCGAAUUCGAGUGAAGUGCCUGAGAAAUCGCUGAAUACUGUGCUGCUUGUACAAAAUGCUUUUUGUUGCUGUGGCUUAAGGAGCAAGGAAGAAUGGCGAACAAGUUCGGUGUACCAGGACUCUCUAAAUGGAUCUCUUCUUUCCAACGGUACAACAUUUUUUUGUCCGACUUCUACACAUCACGAGAACGGUGAAUGUAAAAUUGACAAUCUUGAAGGAUGUGCGGAACGAAUCACACGAAUCAAACGAUUCUUCAUACUUUUGGCAAGCGGGAUCUGUUUGUGCUGCUGUGUCACUGCAAUGACAAUUUCUCCUUUCAUCUACGCUUCAUUUGAGUAUGAUCGUCGCCUCGCUCGGGCCGCUCAUAUUCGUGCGUGGCGGAUGAAUUUAGAGUUCGAAUUAGAUAAAGAAAGACGUGAUGAUUUCGAAGAAGAACUAGCUCCUGUGAACAAGACACCUAUUGCAGAAGAAUCUGAUGUGUUGCCGCAACCAACACAACGUAGCUCGAAGGUACUUUCGGAGCUACUUGUCGAAUAUGACGAUAAUGUAAACGAAGAGAAAACAUCAAAAAGGAGCAUAACUCUAACAACGGAUUUAUCAUCGAAUGGAAGCUCUCCAGAGAGACUGCUGCCAGAAGAGUCAAAGGUUCCAGACACGCCAGUAUCUGUUUAUGCCGACAAAAGCUUACUCGGUUAA